UUUUCUCUUCCGACUCAGAUAAAUUGACAGUUUUCCAACUGCCAGACGCCAUCAGCUCCGAUGUGACGAUUGGGAACCACUUACUUGCAGCAAUGGAACAUAUAUCAACGCUAUCAUUGUCCCUCACGGACUCGACAGCCGUGUCGGUUUCAAACGGAACCAGCUCCUACAGCGCAUCCAAACCAACGACGAAAGAGCGAAAUAACAAGAAGUGGAACGAUGUGAAACACCUGAUCAAGAAAUUUUACGUCGAGGAAAAGAAACCGCUCAAAGAGACAAUGCAGAAGGUUGCUCGGGAUUCUGGCUUUACCGCAAGCGAACGAAAUUACAAGUCGAAGCUUAAAGAAUGGGACAUCGAAAAGAAAAUCCCUGCCAAGGAAAUGGCGUUCAUGGUCAGAACAGCUGAAAAGCGCACCCGCGAUGAGCGUAAGGGCACCGAAUUCAUACGGAAGGGAAUCAAAGUGUCCCAAGGAAAGAUGAGGUCUUUCAAGAAAAGAAAGCUACAAUUUGCAGAUGAGCCUUACCAAGCAGAAACACCGCCUGGAAUAAGCUACCACACACCAGCUCCCAAUAAUUUCGACAUUGACUCCGAGAUCCUAGAUCUCGAGAAAGAUCAGUUUAGGAUCCGACAACCAACUCCAACGGCGACCGAAACUGACUCGGAAACUCUCCCAAGGGACUCCGACGUGUCUGAAACAAACAUCGAAACAGCAACACUAGCGCUGGGUGGGCGCGAUUCAGAGACACCUCAGAUGGAUCUUGAUUUAAUGGAAGUAACUCUUGAAGCAUCCUCGUCCCUCGAAGAAAUCCCUCAAAUACUUCCAAAAUAUCCUGGUCUCUACUCAACAGUGCCAGGGGGACAGGAGGGUGAGCUUCACGAAGCUACGGUGUUGAAUCAACUCAGUGGUCAUGAGCAGCGUGCGGAGUAUCAUCCGGACUAUCUGAAUCGUUUUGAGACCAUGGCUCAGUACAGUCAACUCGAUCCUCACCUGGGUGACCUCCAGUUUGACGAGCUUCAACUUGAUGAUCGAGUUGAGGAUAGCCGAAAUCUGGAGAACGACUCUUAUGACCAAGAUGUUGAGAUGUCUGGAUUGGACAACGCAUAUCAAAUGGACUCGAGCCAAAUGGUCGAUGUUUCCAGCGACUCUAUUGCGAACACCCAAGCCACUGUACAACUUGAAGGCGAGGAUUUCAUUGGUAGACCGUCCGCUCUUCAUAUCCGACACGUCCGAGAAAUGUGGACGGACGAGACUCUUCUCGAAGCGCAAGAUGAAGCAGAGCAGAAUCCCUUCUCGCCAUCCACGGAACCUUUCCUCUCACAGCCUUUCUUCAACCCAUUUUUCCAUAGUGCCAGAACAGUAGCCGCUCCUAGUCCUUCCGAGCCUCCUUACGAAAUUGCCAGAAGGUCCCUGCGACAUCUCUUCGAAUCAUUUUAUCCUAGUAAGCGAGACAUGAGCAAAGAAGAAUGGAACCAGCGCAUGAACGAGAUUCUGUCUGGCGAUUUCGAAUCAUUCCCCAGUCUCCAAGCAGCAGGGAAAGAGGAAUGGAAUCAACGUAUGGAUGAACUUUGUUCUCUUGUUCGAAAGAAAGGCACAGACCAAAGGCAUAUGAGUAGUGUUUUCCAAUUUGCCUUCGCGGCAACGACAAACUACCUUGGUUUGUCAAGCAACGAUCCCGAAGUAUUGGAGAAUUGGCGAAGACCCAUAUGGAAAGGUUUUCUGCGAUACUCGACGUCCACCUGGCUCCCAAAAGCCGAAAUCGUCUGUGAGCGAUUCUUACAUUCCUUUCCUCGGUCGGGAGUCAAAAUCAAUAGAUGGAAGUGUCGCUCGGAGCUUUCCAACGCACUUGCGCAAGCCGGACUCACGGAAGACUCAGAAAACCAGUUCAGGCUUGCCUUUUAUGAUUGUUUAUAUCAGACAAAGACUUUACCAGGACAUAGUUCUUCAGAGCUGUGGCAAGAACUACUCGCAGGAUGUGGAUCAAAUUCUCGCUUCGCAUAUUUUGUCGUUUACGAGGCUUCUCAAUGUUUCCCCACAGAUCAAUCGCUCUGUACUGAUAUUAUGAGAGCCAUGAGAAAUGAGCUAGAGGUCACCGAUUAUAGUCGAUGCCCGAAAGAAUGGAUCAUCCUUUACUUGCAGCUCUUCGAGUACAACUAUGGAAGCAAUCGCGUCCAUUUGCGGAGUACCCCAUUUCUACCAGAGGCAGCGCUGAAUCUGUCCCGCGCAGUACAGAUCACCAAUCGCUAUUGCUUCAAACAGAAUGCCUCCAAGCUAGAAACCCCCCUGCGCAAACAUGGAUGGCAAAGACGUUGGAUCAAACUUUCGAAUCCACAUUAUCACCACGAAGAGCUCGGCAGAGAGCUGCUUCAACAAAUCAAAGAUAUCAACGAGCGGUUAGGCAAUGCGAAAGGAGAUGCGUGGAACCUUUCAACAACCAAGAGUGGCUCUCAUGAAGGCGAAUACGAGUUAGCAUCGGCGAGGAGGCAUCCACACAACAACCGCGGUUCUUCCUGCCGCAAGCGCUCACGGCAUAGCAGCAUUCGGACUGAUCAGUAUUCGCUUGAGAGUAGCAUCAGACGGGGACUCACAUACAGUGUGGGGUCUUGUGCAAGUCAAAUUAGUAUCACCGCAUACAUAUCUUGAAGCAGAGAUUGCGAUGAUGGGGUUUGACAGAUACCACUUCCUGGGAAAUUGAUGGAGUUGGCGGUCUCCAUUUGCUGAAAUUCAAGGCCAGAAGGUUAAGAGCUCAGGCGGUGAAGGACUAUGUGUGUUUUCACGUGACUG